CCACCACCAGGAGAAACAACAACCUUCAUCAAUCGUUCUAAGAGAGUGAGAGAGAUACUUCUGGCUAUAUUACAAAAGUUGGAUAACUAUGUAGAUAUAUAUGGAGAGAGUGUAUUUCCAACAAAACUUACGUCGGUCAUUGAACUUGUUAUGUUUCUUCCUCAUAGUGGCAUCUUUGUCUCACCAGGCACUCCCAAUGGAUCUUCCAUCGCACUGUUCCAUUGCAACAGUGGCCAUGGCAUUGACAUCUACCUGGUUGGGGAUCUCUUAAGCAUUCCCCGAUUUGCCAAGAUUCUCACUUUAGUUCUCUCUCCCUACAUUCACAAUUUUUCAUCUUUUUUUUUGUACUUGCUCCCAUCAUUUUCUCCCGUGAUCUCUAUUCCCGCAAUCUGUCGCAGACGAAAGUGAUCAAGCGAAUGCUGAGGGAUCUCAAAUUAUCAUUCCGGCAAUGGAUCCACCAAAUCAUCCACAAAUUUGAAGUGACCAUUUUCUCAAGCCACAAGUGUCCAAAACGCCCAGAAUUGUGAGUGAUUGUGUCAGUGAUUCUUCCUUGUGAUUUCCAGUGAUCAAAUGUUGUGUUUGUGAUCAAUAACUCCCAGAGUGAUUCAAUUGCUUAUGUAAGAAACUCCCAAGACUGAUCAUCACUCUAUGAUCUAACAAAAAAAGGCAUCACAAAAUGCCUUAAGAUCCUCCACCUCGCAUAAUAAAAUGCAAUAAGGUGAAUGGAAAAAUUUAGAAAAAUCUUUUAGCAAGAUCAAGAUCACUAUCGCGAUCUUUACGUCAUCAAAAUCUCAAUCUCACAGAAAGCCCCAAAUGGAUGUGUUCAAGAUCAAAUCGUCCAGUGCAGGAUUCGAUGGGAGUCUCGUGGACAUUCUGGAGACAGAGGAAGUCCCCGAGAUCACCUUUGAUGCCAAUUCUGUGCUGAAUCUUGAAUUUUUUGACUCCACAGACUUCACAGAGGGCACCAAGGUUGAUCCUGAGCCACCAGAAGGAUGCUCAGGAACUACCUUUGGCAGCCCAGAUUCUGUGGAGUCCACUUCAAUUGAAUCUCCACCCACCGGAAAAUUUCCCACACCCACCACCGAAGAUCCCUUUACCAGGACUGAUCCUGCAAUUGCAACGGCUUCCGGAAAGAAAGACUGCCCAGGAUUCUUUGUAGCUGACUCCACAAAAGAUGCCACUGUCAAGUCUUUCAUUCCCUGCAAAAUCUGCGGAGACAAAGCUUCCGGAUAUCACUAUGGAGUGACAUCCUGCGAAGGCUGUAAAGGUUUCUUCCGGCGGAGCAUUCAGAAGCAAAUUGAGUACCGAUGCCUGCGAGAUGGAAAGUGCCUGGUGAUUCGUCUCAAUAGGAAUCGCUGUCAAUUUUGUCGUUUCAAGAAGUGCCUCUCAGUUGGAAUGAGUCGAGACUCUGUUCGAUAUGGAAGGGUUCCUAAGAAACCACGGGAUUCCCAGAGAUUGCUGGAAAAUGCUACUGUGUCGAGUUCAUCGGGAACUUCUCAGGCGGACUCUGUGGCUUCAUCGUCGCAACUGGUGAACAUUGUCACGGACAUUGAGGGACCAAAUAGUGAAGAAUUGUCCAUUCAGGACAUUAUAAGUUUGGUAUCUCAAGCUCACAGUGCUUUUUGCACGUACACCGAUGACCUGCUGAAAUCUCUCAAUCGGAAGCCAAUCUCGUCGCUUUUUCAGCGCGGCAAGGAGGAUUUUCCGGUAAAGGAUCCAUUGGAGAAGCAUCGGAUGUGGCUGUGGCAGCAAUAUGCGAAUCGUGUAACGCCAUCUGUGCAGCAAGUUGUGGAAUUUGCCAAGAGAAUUCCCGAAUUUUGUGAUUUCACCCAAGAUGACCAACUGAUCCUCAUCAAGUUGGGAUUUUUUGAGGUGUGGCUCAAUCACAUCGCCAAGACCACCACAGAAUCCACCAUGAUCUUCGAUGAUGGAUACUACUUCACGAAGCAGCAACUUGAGAUCAUGUACGAUCUCGAUUACGCCAAUUCCUUCUUCACAUUCUCAAAUGUUCUCAACAACUAUCUGCUGAGUGACCAAGAGAUUGGUCUCUUCUCAGCUCUCAUCCUCCUUGCGGUGGAUCGUCCGGGAGUUGUAGAGCCCAGAGCCAUCUCGCGGACGCGUGAUCGUGUCUCAGAGGCCCUCAGGAUGCAAAUAAUGCAGACCCGACCCGACGAAUCGGCCUCCAUGAAGUUGAUCCUGGAGCUCAAUGAGAAGAUCACCGAGCUGCGUUCACUGAGUGCCAAACACUGUGUUCAUUUGAAUUGGAUCAAGACUAAUUGGUCCAUCAUGAGGCUUCCCCCACUUUUCGCCGAAAUAUUCGAUAUUCCAAAAUGCGAAGAAGACUUACAGUAGUUUGCAUGCCAAUUAGUGCUCAUUUUUUUUAUUUAGUGAAUUUUGUAGAUUUUUUUUGUCUAAAUAUUUUUUUUAUCACGCAAUUAUAGUGAAACAUCCAAUUGCCCAACGGUUUUUUUUUAAUUAUACAAGGAGAAAAAAUUCAAUAAAUUUGUAGACUUAUUAGAAUAUUAUUUUGUUAUCUGCCAUACACAUUUUUUAUCGCGAGAUAUUUAAAUAAAAUUGCAAUUUUAUUCAUGA